AUGGCUCCUCAAACCCUUGGUUGGAUCUGGCCCAAAGAUCCCCGACCAGGAAAUCCAAUCAGUUGGCCCCGUCGCUGGCGCUUCCGCGACAUCCUGACGAAUAAAGGCCCGGACAUCUACGUCGGCGUCAUCAACAAGAAGAAAUCACCAGAAGGAAGACCACCAACCCCAGAAGAAGAAUCCUCAGACGACUCUACGCCUUUGCCAUGGUUCUCAGCUUUAUCUUCGUAUUCCUCAUCAGACUCAGAGCCAGAUAUCAAACCACCCGCACGACUACAAAAGACAAACUGGGACCGCUGGGAUAACACAGACUCCACAUCCGGCUCUACAUCUGGCUCUGAAUCAAGCAAGCAACCCGGAUACCAGGUUCCGUGGGCAAGGCGAAAAAGUGAGGAGCGCUACGACUUUCGUCAACGAAAAUAUACGAUCCCAGAUCUAGGGACAUGGAGUCGGGUGGAGUACUGCACUACGCGCGGAAAGGGAGGAUGGAUGCGAAUUGGGAGAAAGGGAGAGAAGCAUUGUGUACCGAGACGGUACUGGGAUCGGAAUGGAACAGAGUAUCCGGCGAAUUACUGGCAUGAUAUCAUUCAUGGGGAGCAUGAGGAUGAGGUCAAGGGGUGA